AUGGAGGCUGAUGAGCAGCUAGACCCGCCGGCGAACCUGUUCGCCCGGCUGCGGCAGAUCGCCGGCUACACUUGGGACGAUUCCAAACCGCUACUGCAUUCAAGCUACGAUAACUGGCAUUGCUGGGGCAAUCGAUGGGCUUCGGCGAUAUCAUCACCCUCGCCGAAUGCUGCCACUAGCUCGGCCGCGCUGGCCAAGCUGCUCCCGAGCUCUAACCGCCCGUCGCCCUCCGAGCCCGUAGCGUCCGCUGCGCAGAGCGAGGAGAACAGCGAGAUCUCUGCGACGUCACCGCCGGUGACAGCGGGCAACGAUGGAGGGCUGGUGGAGGAGCCCGUGGUCGCACGGGUGUCAUACCACGUCCUCAGAGAAGAGAGGGCAUUCCAGACGACUAAGAGCCUUAUAUCCACCUCAGAUCCCAAGGGGGACCACAUUGUUAAGCCUAUCGACCUUAUCCGACUCGCGCCGCAGCCUGGAGAUCGAGGCCCCAUCAUUGUCGCCAUAUAUCAGUUCCCAGGCCCUAACUACAUGGACAAAGUGAUAGACAUGGGCCCUGCACACUAUUGGUCUCACAGGGUUGACGAGAAGUGGAUUCCCGAUGUAAAUGAAGACAGGCAGCUGGAUGCCCCCAUCAGCUUGCAGAACUUCCUCGAUUUCGCUAUUGGAGCUACUCAGUGUCUGGAGUUGAUACAUCAUGGACAGGGUAUAAUCCACGGAGAAGUUCGCGGUGACGCAUUUCACUUCAAUGUCGAAACGAAUAAGGUCAAGCUGAUUUCAUUCGGUUCCGGCCUAAGAUCCUUCGAGCACGGGCUGACGAGCACUGGCUGGUCAAGCCUGUCCAAAGAGCUCGGAGCCAAGAACAAACUGCUAUAUAUCAGCCCCGAGCAAACAGGCCGUAUGCCGGCGGAGCCUGAUAGCCGGACCGAUAUCUACUCACUCGGUGUCUUGUUUUGGGUCAUGCUAACGCAGCAGCCGGUGUUCGAAGGCGAUAACCCCCUGGACAUUGUGCAAGGCGUACUUGGACGUCGUAUCCCGAACGUUGCCUCUAUUCGCCUCGAUGUACCGGAUGUCCUAGGUAGAAUCAUCCAAAAGUGCACAUCGAAGAAUGUUAGCGAUCGAUAUCACUCAGCGAGCGGAUUACGCCACGACCUGGUCAAGGUGCAGCAGUUUCUAGGAGAUGGUGACUGGCUGGCAUUGAAAGAGUGGCAGAUUGCCUCGAAAGACGUAUCCUCGUUCUUCAUGUUGCCAACCAUGAUGAUCGGCCGAGAACAAGAGCGAGCAGACCUAUUGAAAUGA